AUGUAUGCGGAUGACACUCAAAUCUACUUCUCUGCCUCUGGCCUCUCCUCCAUUUACGUAUCCCAGUCCGCUAAUGUCCUGCCAGUUUGUAUGACAGCCAACAAGUACUCGAUGAACGCAAACUUCCUGCAGCUCAGCGUUGGCAAGACGGACAUAAUAUUUGGCUCCCACCACCAACUUCGGUCAUGUAUAACCACCUUAUUCCCUGAGACCCUGGCCCUGUACGAUGAUCACCAGCUGCAUCAGCUGACAGAGUUCUGCCGAGACAGAUUGGAACAGGCAAUUGAGGAAGGCGUGGAGGACAUCAGCUCAAGGCUGACAGAGAAGGAAUGUUUCAGCCCCCAGGAACACAAAAAACUCACUGAGCUCACACACAUGGGGCAGAGGACACAAAGCUCGAAAUUUCUUCUGAACCUGGUGAUGGCAAAAGGUUCCCAGGCCCUGAGAGUGACGUGGGAAUCCUUUGUGGAAAUGAGGUUCACUUUGCCCAAACUGAACAAAAUUAUGACUGAAAUACAGGAACAAGGUGCCAGUCUGGUGGAUGAGGUGACCAUUGACCGAAGUACUCCAGACGUCCCCAGUGAUAUGAUAGCUAUUCAGCGACUGCACAAGGAGACGUUACAGAAACAAUGUGAGAAACUGGAGGUGAAGACCAUCCUGAUAAAGGAGAAGGUGAAGUCGUUUCAGUUGGUUGAUCUCUACACGGAGUUAACAAUUAUUUCUGAUGUACGUGAACGGGAACUGGUAGAACAUGAGCUGCUGGCGAGAGGCAGAGACCACGAGGAGUGGAGACAGAAGCAACUCCGGGGAGAGCUGGAAAAAAUCCGAACUGAUAAACUGUUCCACAGCAGCUUCUCAAAAGGAAGUAAUUUACCUUCCUCCCAGGGAAGAAGUUCUAACUCACGCACAGGGACUUCCGCAGUAGUGAGCGGAGUGGCUGGGAUUGGAAAAACAACUAUGGUGCAAAAGAUUGUCCAUGACUGGGCCACAGGCAAAAUCUAUCCUCAGUUCCACUUUGUAUUCGUUUUUAAAUUUCGAGACCUGAACAGACUUCACGACAGACCAACCUUGAGCCGUCUGAUCGUGGAGCAGUAUCCUUACCUCAGGAAUGUUCUGGACGAGCUGUGGAAACACCCAGAAUUGCUCUUUAUAUUUGAUGGUUUGGAUGAAUUCAGGGCAAGGAUUGAUUUCGCUGACAGUCGGAGAGACACAGAGCCUCAGCGCAGGUGCACAGACCCUGAAUUCCUCUGUGAUGUGUCUGACAUUGUGUACAGUUUAAUGCAGAAAAAGCUGCUGCCGGGCUGCUCAGUGCUGGUGACCAGCCGCCCCACUGCAUUACAGUUACUGGCAAAGGCUCGGGUCAGUGUCUGGGCUGAAAUCCUGGGAUUUGUGGGUGAAGAGAGAAGGGAAUAUUUUCACAAGUUCUUUGAAGAUCAGGAGGUGGCGGCUGCUGUUUACAGCCACGUGGAGGAGAACGAGCUCCUGUUCACCAUGUGCUACAACCCGUCCUACUGCUGGAUCCUCGCUCUGUCUCUGGGUCCCUUCUUUACACGGAAACACAGCAACAAACAGCGAGUUCCCAAGACAAUCACACAACUCUUCUCCUAUUAUAUUUAUAACAUACUAUCACAUCACAGUGUCAAGAUGGAAAGCCCCCGUGAUGUGAUGCUGAAGAUUGGUGAGAUGGCCUUCACUGGAGUAUCCCAUAGAAACAUUAUCUUUAGUGAUGAAGAUCUCAUCAAAUAUAACCUCCAGCCUUCCCAGUUCCUCUCUGGCUUUCUCAUGGAACUUGUGGAGAGAGAGUCUUCAGAGCACAGCGUGGUCUACACAUUCCCGCACCUCACCAUCCAGGAGUUUGUAGCCGCACUCGCUCAGUUCCUGCCUCAAAAUACAAGAAAUCUGCAGAAACGCCUGAAUAAAGCUCACAGGGAGGAGGACGGCCGGUUUGAGAUUUUCCUGCGCUUUGUUGCUGGUCUCUCCUCCCCACGGGCAGCUGAGCCACUGGGGGAGUUUCUGGGGCCAUUUUUCCAUCAGACAACCUGCGCGGUGAUCGAUUGGCUGAAGGAGAAGGUUAAAGCUCAGAUCAGAGACACAGGACUCUCCAAGAAAGCAUUGAGACUGACACCGAUAGACUGUGUUGUGGUGUCUCAGGCCAUUGGACUUUGUGACACAAUAAAUCAACUGGAUUUGAGGAGCUGCUACAUUCAGGAGGAGGGUCUCCAGCGUCUGGUUCCUGCUCUGCACAAGUGUCAGAAGUUGCAGCUGUGGAGCAAUAAUCUGGGAGAUUGUGGAGUGAAGCGACUGUGUGAGGCUCUGAGGAACCCGGAGUGUAAACUCAGCACAAACCACUCACUGACGGAGCUGAACCUGAAUAAUAAUAAUCUGGGAGAUUGUGGA